AUGAGCCAACAACAACAACCUCAUUGCUUUCGUUCAUUGUCAUUUUCAUUACGGAAUCAUUUGAAUCAUCAUUCAUUGACACUUGCAAUCGUAGUCGUGGUAGCACUUGUCACUCUCAUAACAUUCUCAUCUCAUCCAUGUGUUCAUUCAUUAUCAUCACCAUCAUCUACACCACCAUCUACACAACCAAUACCACAAAUAACAAACUCUUUAAAUACUCCAUCAUCCAAUCAAGAUCGUUAUUCCCAAAAUGCAAUGGCUAUUUGUCGAUUACGUGGCACUCGUCAUUUACCUUCUCUUCAUGGAACUUUAUAUUUUUCAUUACCUCCAUCCUCCUCACGAGAUAAUUCUCCAAUCAUGACUGACUCGUACAAAGAGUGUAUCAUUGGUUUUAACACGUUAGAAUUUUCUAAACGAUCUCUUCCAUUUCACAUUCAUGAAUUUGGAAAUGUAUUAGAAAAUGAUGGUAUGAGUGUUGGUGGACAUUUAUUGGAUCAACAACAAGAUAUUGGUGCUACCAUUUCACCUCUCUCUAUUCAAGAUUCAUUGAAAGUGAAUAAUAUUUUAAAUUUUCAACACUAUUCUCAUGCAAGUUCAUUACUCUCAUUAGAGAAUGUGAUUGGAAGAUCCAUGAUUGUACAUCAUUUUGAAAAUAAUGGUACAAGGAGAAUUGGACAAUGUGUGAUUGCAGUCAUGCCAUCCUUGACAAGAAUGAGUAGUACUAGUAGUAGUAGUAGUAGUAGUAGUAGUAAUAGUAGUAUCAACAGUAGUGCUGGUAGUAGUAAUAGUAUCAACAGUGUUGGUGAAAAUUUAUCCAACUCGAUCAAAUCCAUAAUAACGAGUUCGAUUGAUUUUUCAAAAAUGAAAUAUAAAUUAGUGGCUCAUUUGAGAGGAACCAAUCGAAUGUCUCAACCAGUGAAUGGAACAGUAAUUAUUACAGAAGAAGACGAAUCAAAGAAAAUGACCAUUUAUUUGAAAAUGUGUCAUUUAAUGAACUCGAUCAGUGGUUGGAAUCAGUUAGAUAGAAGAAGAACAUUUGGUCAUGUCUAUUCAUGA